AUGGAAGCAAUAAGAAAUAUAACUAGUAAUUAAAGAGGCUCUCGAGAGUUAUAUUAUGUUCAAAGUAGAAAAGUUAUGUAGCCUCCAUGAUUGGAUUAAACAUUAAGCAAUGUUCCCCGUUGAUAUGGCUGGGCGAGGUGCGUGGCCGGGAUCAAGAUCACCUCGGGCUGUUGCCUCACCUGACGGACUGAGUGGUGGCGUAGCUGCGCUUCACCUUCCCUGCCCACAAAUAUGGAUCCCUCUACCGUGGGGCUUCUUGAGACUGGGACUGACCAAGAUCUGAUGCGAAUAUUGAAGGAAUUCAACGAAAAAUAUGAGCAACAGUUCACUCCAGUGGGGCUUGAGCCUGACUGCUAUGACCGCAUGUGGGAUGUGAUCAUGACUCGGCUCAGUGAUCCGUCUUCUUCCAGCACCCACCAGAUCUGUCUGUCGGCUAUCAGAAUUCUUAGUCGUGACAAGGCUUCACUACCUAGAGUUGUCAGCAAAGACAGGCUGUCAGUCAUAGUGCAUAUGGCUGGACUGGUCUCAGAGGAGGAAGCUCUGCAACGCCUUAACCAACAAAUCAAUUAUGAUGUGGUGAUCGAAGCUCAGAAAAGCUUGAGUAAUCUGGUCUUCAACAGCACCUUUAUUCAGAGGAUGUGUUGCGUAAACAGCUGCAUCCCAGGGCUGAUGUGCAGGCUGAAGACUUUCCGGGAUCCUGACCUUCCCCACAUCGUCAAGUACUUUGACAUGCGGCUGUUGUUCCUCCUCACUGCUCUAUGUGCUGACAUCAGACCCAAGUUGAGAUCUGAAUAUCAUGGCCUUACAUAUCUGAUUGAAAUUUUGGAUCUGUCUCUCAAAAUGGCACAUGAAGAAAGUGAUCUGCAGUGCAUCAGUAGAUAUAUGUCUUAUCCAGUAUUUUUCAAUGAUGAGCAAUCGGAACUGAUCAAUGAAGUGUUGAAAGUCCUGUACAACUUGGUCCUUCACAUUGACAAAAACAGUCCAGAUGAGGAAGAGGACAGCCACUGCCUCCGCUUGAUCAGCAUCUUGCGUUCCCUCCUCCUUGCCUCCAGCAGAUGUACAGAGAAGACAGAUGCUCUUCACAGCAACACUGUUAACUUGCUGCUGGUGAUGCCUCCCACUAUGUAUGAAAACUUACUGGUGAACAUGCCAGAAGCUCCUGGGGGUCACAGCUUCAAUACUGUCCCCACUGUGGUGACAACACAGCCAUCUGCUGGAGCUGCAGCUCAGGUGGAGGCUGCAUGCUUUACAGAAGUGGAUGAUGCUACUGCAAUCAACCAGCGCUCCUGUGAAUAUGAUGGAAAGGAUAUGACAGCCGUAAUCAAGCUUCUUGACUUCCUUGAAUCAAGACUGAAUACACCAGUACAGUCAGCUGACAAAAGCCUCAUGCCAAUCCUGACUCUGAUGGUGGAAAUGGUACAGGCUAAUCGUACUAUCCGUAAGUUUGUACGUCUGCGUGUCUUGCCUCCUCUGCGAGACGUGACCAAGAGGCCUGAGGAAGGGAGGACGCUGCGCAACAAGCUGUGCACACUCAUGACCUCACCACUGCAUGACGUGAAGCAUUUGUCUGCCAACUUCCUCUUCAUCCUUUGCAAAGAGAGUGUUGACCGUUUGAUCAAGUACACUGGAUAUGGAAAUGCCGCUGGACUCCUUGCCUCCCGAGGUCUGAUGCUGGGAGGAAACAAGCCCACCAUUGACUACUCCUCAGGCUCGGAAGAUUCAGACACAGAAGAGUACGUGAGAGUGAGGGACAUGGUCAAUCCUGUGACGGGUCGCUAUGAGCCACCCAGACCCUCGCCACUCGAAGGGAUGACAGACGAGCAGAAGGAACACGAAGCCAUGAAGCUUGUCAAUGUCCUGGAUAAACUGACGAGGAACAAUGUGAUCCAGCCUUGCCGCAUUGGUAAUGAUGGCAAGCCUCACCCUGUGGAGAGUGUGAUGGAGCUGCAGGAAGGCAUGGGUGUCAUGAACCCUCAGGACUGCAGUGACCACAGCGACUCAGAUUAGUGGCCUCACCUUGCUGUCUUAUAUCAGGUGUUUGCCUCACCCCAGUACCCAGUCAUCAGCACUGCUGGAUCUAGUAAAAACCUAAUUAAUGACAUUUCUAUUGGCUCUACUACAUGGCAGCAAAUCUAUGAUUUUUGAAAGAUUUAUUAUAGAGCUGUCAUUCUCUCUCUCUCUCUCUCUCUCUCUCUCUCUCUCUCUCUCUCUCUCUCUCUCUCUCUCUCUCUCUCUCUCUCUCUCUCUCUCUCUCUCUCUCUCUCUCUCUCUCUCUCUCUCUCUCUAAGUGAAUAUAGUUUAUACAAGUGGCUGUUUCUUAAAGUUGUGGUGUCAGAGAUGGUGUCAGCAUGCUGCUGCUUCAGUGGGAGUGUUAAGACACUUCCAGCAUUAAUUGGCCUCUCAUUGGAAGUAUCUUUCAUAUUGUUGGGAAAAAGAGUUAAGCAAGUUUUUUUUUCUCUUCUUUUUGUGACCUUGGCUAGUUUCCUUCAUAUGCAAAAAAUACUUCUCCUAUAUAAAGUCUCCUUUUUGUUUACAUUCACACAUCUUGUUAGCUACUUGAUUUAACAAGAUGUAUCAGCAAACUCUUUUCUAAUAAUGAUAAUAAAAGAAACUAGAUAAUUUAGUAAUACUAUGAGAAGAGCUGGUCAAUGAACUCUUCAUAGAAGUGAGGUCACAGAGAAUACUAUCCACUCUGGUCUCUUGUGGAGAUUGGGUGUGUACCACAUGUUUAGGUAACAGCCCGACAUAUUUUAUAGGGAAUAUAUAUAUAUAUAUAUAUAUAUAUAUAUAUAUAUAUAUAUAUAUAUAUAUAUAUAUAUAUAUAUAUAUAUAUAUAUAUAUAUACAAACCUUGAUUAGUUAAUUAUUUUGACAGUACCAUACCAUGAGGCAUUCUCAAUUUUUGUGUUCAUUAAUUUUACAUGAUUUUCUCAUUGUGUAACAUGACCAAUAGAAACAUUAAUACUAAACUUUGUCACCCUGGCACUUGCCUUCCCUUGACCCUUAAGCCCAGAGGAAGUAAGAGUCCCCAGUACUGAAUGAAGGCCUAAGUGUGACAACCAGGCUACAUACUUGACCUUCCUUAAGUUGUACAAGACAUUUUUUUCUACUAACAUCAGGAAGAAUGAAGAGUUGGGUGUGCUGUGCCAAGACUCUCUGUGUGUGCUUAUGCAUGUGUACAUCUAUCAGUUACUAUCAAUCUGUAUAAGUCUCUCAAUCUGUAUUUUGAUUUAUUUAUCUUUUGUUUCUUUUUUUCCACUUGAUGUGUGUUGAUGGCCAAUCAUAUGAAAAUAUUCUCUUAAUCUUUUUCUUAUGUUUUCUUUUGCUUUGAUGUGUCUAAUAUUUGGUGUAUCAAAAUAGGAAAGUUUAAUACAAGAGUUCUGUCUUCUAGUGAUAGUGAUCCUGUGAUAUUUUUCAACCCUAUGAAAUAUUUAUAUGGGUUUCUGUAUUAGUUAUGUAGAUGCAGGGCAGGUCACUCUAAGUAAAGAUAUGUUACUUAAAAUUAUGUACAUAUUAUAAAGAUCUGCUCUGAUUUUUAUUAUAGUACAAAGUGCAUUUUUGGAUCUUUUGUAAGUAUGUAUCUAACUCCCCUAGCAUUGGACUGGAUUCCUUCCUGUACUGUCUGUUUUUUUCUUGUGUGGCGUCUCUACAUGACAGACGUGUGAAAAAAGGGUCACAUUUGGUUGAUCAGUGUAGAUAUAUAACACGUUUAUGUCUGUGGCAGCUUCUUAUUGGACACCAGAUAUUCAUAUGAAAUUUUCCUGACCUGGUGAAAAGUACCAAAGAAAAUUGUUUUAAGGUAAGCCUUUGCCAUCAAGUGUUUUUUUUUUUUUUUUUUUUUUUUUUCCUCUCUCCUGUUAUAUAUUUUUAGCAUUAAGUUCCUUUAUUUGUUGUUUUGUUUUAUGUGCAUAUACAAGAAAAAUACAUGUACAUUAUGUGAAAUGUAACAAGUUCUACAUUGUAUUAAGGAUAAGUAGUCUGGGAACUUGUGUGGAAAAUGCAACAAGUUCUUUUGCAUUGUAUUAACGGAUAGGUAGCCUGGAAACGUGCAGGAAGUGUAACAAGCUCUUUCACAUUGUAUUAACAGGUAUAAGUAAUUUAGCAACUUGUGCAUCAUAAUGUAGUACACCAUCAGACCUGUGACUAGAUAAGCAGCCUGCAGUAGCAGUGCUCAUUUUGUGGUCAGUCAUCUGCUUUACUUUCCUUAACACUUAUUAGUCCCGAAUUUCUUCAGCCUGACUGCUCCUCUUCUCAACCUCUACUAUCUGCUCCACCUUUGACAGUCUCUGCCUAGCCACCACUUCACUUCACCUUGCACUGCUCUGCCCUGACAUUCUGUGGAAGAUAAACAAUAGCAGUUUUCAUAGUGAAGGUGUGAUCACUGCCAUAGAUGAUUUGUAAUAAAUGCACCGUCACUUGUAGUCUACUGAGAUUGUUCCUGCCAAUCUCAGUGUUCUUUUAGGAAUGACUAGCAGUACAUAUUUAUACAUUAUGAUGAUGUGCUACUGAUUUGCUUUUGAGCCAAUUCAGUUUAUACUAGAACCAAACUUGUAGAAAGAGUGAUACAGUAUAUUUGUGCUGCAGUCUUCAGCUCUCAAUACUUGUGACCAAGUAAAUAUGCAAAACAAGACAGCAAGUGCUUGUAAACUCCUAUCACAUACAACUCACGUGAAAUAUUAAAGGCAGUCGUUUAAUAUUUUAUUGCCAUUAUAAUGCACGAUUAUUAUUUCAUUCAUGUGUGUGAAUUUCUUGACAUAAUUGACAUAGUUUUGAAAAGCUAUUGGUGACUAUUCCAUUGGGUGAUUAAUGAAUGUCUGUAAAUAACAUAAUUCUAUUGAAUUAUGUACAUCUGUAUACAUAACAGUAAGAUAUGUUACAUAAUUUAUUUACUGCAGUGUUUAGUAUAUGUCAAAUAGUUAUCAGCAACAUAAUUUACAAUUUGUUUCUUGUACACACCAUCUACUUUCAUGAUCUAUAAAAAAGUAGACCAUUGAUGAAAAGUGAAAUACUUUUUUCUGCUAUGCUUGUAUAUACAUUUGUAUAUUUUGUCAAUAAAUUAUGUAACUAUCAAUAACUUGGUCAUUUAAGGAGGCUAAAACCUCCAUGUACACCAGAUAGAUGAGGUCUGAUGUGUAUGUAUGUGUGUAAUUCAUCUCCGGUCAUCUGCUGGUUACCCAGUCCUACAGGAAGAGCUCAGAGCUCAUACUGACCCAUUGGAUUGAGACCACUCACACACCACACACAAAGACAAUUGGGCCACAAUUCCUGUACCUCCUUGCUGCUAGGUGAAAGGGGACUAUACAUUAAGAGGCUCACCUAUUUGUCUCUCUGCUCCCAGUACUCGAACCUGGGUCUUGGUUGUAUACCAAGCUUGCUAUCCACUACACUGUGUGUGUGUGUGUGUGUGUGUGUGUGUGUGUGUGUGUGUGUGUGUGUGUGUGUGUGUGUGUGUGUGUCUGUCUGUCUGUCUGUCUGUUUGUGUAAUUCACAACGGUCAUCUGCUGGUCACUUAGCCAGUCUUGACUAAUAUCUCUGCUACAGUUUUAAGUAAUGUAUCAUUUCAAUAUAUUGUGUGAUGAGUGUGGAGCCUUCUCAUUCCUCUUGCUUCAUUGUUAAAGAGACUGUGGUAAACAUGAGGUCUGAUAUCUGAUAAUAUUUGUGCUUCAGUCCAUUGUUAUAUUAUUUGCUGUCUGCUAUUGGGUAAGAACUGCAUAUGUGCCAUAACAUUAUUUGAUACAUCUUGGUGUUUUGAAACUUGGACCUCUUGCCUUGACACAUUAAGUACAUUUGAAUGUUUGCAAUUUGAGCUAAUGUUUCAUCACUGGGAAUGUCUAGCUUUGCCAGCCUCUCUUCGUAAGGUUUAUUGUACAUACAAAUGCAUUAACUUUAUUGCUCAAUGCUGAACUGCUAUUUUAACUGUCAUGAACUUGGUGGGACACCAAAAUUCCAUGGCCAUGGUUAUUCCUCAUUUAAUAUUUUUAUUUAUUUUAUUUUAUUUUAUUUAUUUAUUUAUUUAUUUUUGUAAAAAAGAGGAAAACUCAGUCUGCCAGUUUUAAGAGUAGCUUUCUGGUGAAAAGAGAUUGUCAGUGCACUAGAAUAAAUAAUUUUUGCCAGGAAUUUUUUUCAAACAGGGUGGGUCUCCCAUGGCUCUCUUAAAAGUACUUACUUUUGUAUGAUAGGUUUUGCAUCAGUUCAGAUUUUUUUUUUUAAUUUAAUUUUUUUUUUAUUUUAUUUAUGUGUGAAGGAUGAAUGAAUUCAGAAUGUACAAUGUACUGUAUAUGUAAGGGUAGGACAAAAGACCACCAGGAAGCACCUUGACACACUUCAGUGAGCAAGGAUAUAUGAUGCAAAUUGUGUAUGUGGUUUUGGAUACAGUGAUUGAAAUUAUUGCAGAUUUUUCUAUAUAUGUUUCCCUAUCUUUCAAAGAAAAUGGUUUUGAAAAUUAUUUUAGGGUAAGAACGUAUGUUGAUUUAAAUUUGUUGCCUAUGUAAUUUUCAGUGUGUAGAAUUGUGAAGUAGCUGGAGUUUAUUAAAUCCCAGAAGAUGA